AUGGUUUCUUCUUCACCAACAAACAAACCACAAGACUUCCAGCAAGCCUCCAACAACAACCACAACCACAACCACAUCAUCAACCACAACAACAACCACAACAACAACCACAUCAACAUCAACAAGAUGGGCUGCUGCGGAAGUAAACCAGAGAAGGAAUUCAAGCCUAAAUUCCCACGAGAAGAGGGCGCCGCGCCAAGACAGCGCAACCCCAACGUACAGCAGUACCGAACUCGACCUGUACACCUCCCGCGAGAUGAGACCCAGCCGGCACUUUCAAACCGCGACCUGAGGUACAUCAAUGGAAGACUUCGACGAUAUGAGGACUGA